AAAAAAAUAAAAAUAAAAAAAAUGAGAUGGGGAUUAUUAUUAUUGUCACGCAGGGUUUUAAGACAACCUUAUCCAUUUCGCGAAAUGUCUACCAGUGCACUGAUCAUUGAACAGCUUAAUCCUCUUGCCAAUGAACAAGAUGCAAAGUUUAACAUUGCUACUGGAAAUACUAGCUUCAAGGACUUUAUUCUUGCGUAUCCUAGCGGGGCGUAUACUGGUAUGCGUACUGUGCAUAGAGACUCCAUUGUCGAGUUCAAUACUCACAUGAGUAGAAUUACCAAUUCCGUCUCACAACUAUUCUCCAAAGAUAAAAAAGCAGAGUCGGUAAUGUCACCUUUCAGAGAUGUUAAACAGUUUGAAGCCAUGGCAGUACCCAUGUUAAAAAAAGGGCUCGAGGCUUAUUAUAACACGGUAGAUGAAACUACCCAUAGUUCACACCCUUUUGAAGCCAAAGUAUCCAUUGUAGUAACAUAUUCAAGUGAGAAAGAAGCACCAUUAUUCGCAGCCCAUUUUUCCCAGCUUCAUUCUAUUCCUUCUGACAAAAGAGUCAAGGUAGACAUUGAGCAAGAGUCACGAAAGGCGCCCGAAGUGAAAGACUCACAAUGGGUUCGGGAUCGAUCUCAAUUGGAAGAGAAAAAGUCCAGUGAAAUUAACGAAGUGCUUUUGAUGGAUGAUCACGAGCAAUUAUACGAAGGUAUUGCUUCCAAUUUUUUGGCCGUAAAGAUGGUAAAUGACAAGCCUGUGGUAAUGUGUGCUAGUUUGGAUCAUAUCUUGUUGGGAUCUAUUUUGAAGAUUGUGCUUACUCUUUGUGAAAAACAUCACAUUGAUUUUGAAUGGACCUUUCCAAAGCUUCAGGAUGCAAGGGAUGGUAAAUGGGUUGGAUGUUUCAUUACCAGCACAUCAAGACUUUUAUUACCCAUUGAGACAAUCUAUUUCCAUGACGAAAGGUAUAUAUUUAGACUCCCCCAUGCAGCAAACUCAUGUUAUUAACACAUUACUCCAGGAUUGAAUUUGAAGAAUCUGCUCCAAUUAUUGAGUUUUUACGUUCUCAAGUAUCCAAAGAGAUUUGUAAUGGCGCUUAUAAAAUUUUGUGAAAAUAAAAUUACAGAAAAUUAAGAUUAUAUGGGCGUGGCUGAGGACCCCCAUCUCUUUUAA